AUGGACAUACAUGUAUUUGUUGUAAUUCUGUGGCUCUGGGUUAUACCUGCCGAUGUCAGUGACCUUGGAAAUGUUGAAUCCUUUUUAACUAAAAAUAAACGUGUUGUAAAAAAGAAAUACCGCCCUAUCUAUCAUAUAACAGCUCCAGAAGGUUGGAUAAGUAAUCCUACUGCUUUCACUUUCUACAAACGGCAUUACCAUAUAUUUUAUCAGUAUCACCCAUAUAAUGGAGCAUGGGAUCAAAUGAAUUGGGGACAUGCAGUUAGUGAUAAUUUAGUGGACUGGACUCAUUAUCCAACAGCCUUGAUGCCCAAAGACCAUUAUGAUAGACAUGGAUGCCUGGCUGGUUCCGCGGUGGUCAAUAAAAAUUUCCUCACAUUAUUCUAUACUGGUCAUAUAGUAUCAGGACGUGAAUCAAUUCAAACACAAAACCUGGCGAUUAGUGGAGACGGUAUGUUCUUCCGAAAAUUUUUAUAUAAUCCAAUUAUAAGAGAGUCACCGAACGGAAUAGGAGAAUUCAGAAAUCCUAAGGUCUGGCGUUUCCGCAACAUUUGGUAUAUGAUUGUUGGUGCAACGUCCCGAGAAAGAAAUGGCCAGCUACUUUUAUAUUCUUCAGACGAUAUGUUUAAUUGGAAGUUAAACGGUACUGUAGUAAAUUCAUAUGGAGACAUGGGUUAUAUGUGGGAAAAUCCAGACUUAUUUGAAUUGAACGGCUAUCAUGUACUCAUUAUUUCAGUUGAAGGUAUUGAAGCAGAUGGAUGGAGAUUUAGGAAUUUAUAUCAGACAGGAUAUAUUUUAGGACAGUUUAAUUAUGUUAAAGGUCAAUUUGAUGAUAUGGAAGUAUCAAUAGCAACUUUUAAUCAACUCGAUUAUGGACACGACUUCUACACAGUUAAAACUAUGACGGCAAUUGAUGGCAGAAGAUUGCUAGUGGGGUGGCUCGGAAUGUGGGAAAGCGAUUUCAUUGAAUCGACUUUUGGUUGGGCGAGUAUGUUGACGAUGGUACGAGAAUUACGUUUAAACAAAAACGGUCGCCUUCUCAUGACACCCGUUGAAGAAAUGACUCACUUGAGACAAGAAUUAAUAGAAAACGCUUGGUACAAGCCUGGUGAGUUUUUCCAAGCUGAAACAAAAUCGUUUGAGCUGAUAGUAAAUUCUACUUCAGUGCAAUCCGACGUUGUAGUUAUACUGGAAUGGAAUUUUGGAGGAUAUACUGUAGGGUAUACUGCAGCUCAUGGGUAUAUUAGCGUAGACCGUGGCGGAAUCGACGGUGUACGUAGAGCAUACUGGUCCCCUGUUGACCACGUUCACUUACGAAUUUUUGUUGACUCAAGUUCCGUAGAAGUUUUCUGUGGCGAUGGUGAAGUUGUGUUUUCUAGUAGAAUAUACCCAAAUUCAAUGCGUAUUCGAAUAGACGGAGAUUCUGAGGUCCAUAUUUUGCAGUACAAGCUAAGGCGGAGCGUAGGUUUAGAUAACAAUCUAGAGCAGCGUUUUAGGAAUCAUCUGAUAAAUACGUAG